CAGGAAGCGGCCGAGAGGAAAGCACGGGGCUCCCCCGGCCUCCGCGUGGAGUGAGUGGAAGCACGAAGGAGGGUCUGAGGAAGCCGCCUGCACGGCCCUCUGGCGCGGCCGUUGAGGACUCACCCCCCCCCCUCCGCGCGCGCGCAGUGCGCCCCCCCGGUGCGCCCCGCCGUUCCCGCGCGCGCCAUCCCGGGUGGGACCUGCAGCCGCAGGGCCCAGCUCUAGCCUCCCAGCUCUGCCGCCCGCUGCCGGGCUUCGCUGGGCCGGGAGCGCCGUCCGACUGCCGGAACGAGCCUUUCCGGCGGAGGAGGCAGUGCGUUCAUUUGGGCGCGCCCCGGGAAGGAAGGUGCCUCCCGGCGCGCAUCGAGAGCGGGGCGGGGAGGGGCCGGGCUUUGCCUGCGGCCCGGGAGAGCGGCGUUGGGACCGCGGAAGGGCGCCUGCCCCCUCGGGGUCUGGGAUUCCGGGACCCCUGGCUCCGUUGAAUGUCCGGGACGGAAGGGGCCUGGUCGACCCCGUCCGCCACCCUCCCCUCCCCCUUACCACAGACCGGGGAAAUGGACGCCUGGAGAGCGGAAAUCCAGUUAUCAAAGUUGACUCCAGAAGAGAGAACCUAACAGACCUAACAAUGGAAGAAAUUGAGAAAGUUAUCAAAAAGCUACCAUCCCCCAAAACACCAGUCCCAGAUGGUGUUUCAGGUUAAAAAAAUCCUUCCCGAAGAAGAUCUUAAGCAACACGAUGGAUUCAGAAGCUCAUGAAAAGAGGCCACCAAUCCUAACAUCUUCAAAACAAGAUAUAGCACCUCAUAUUGCAAAUGUUAGUGAAAUGAGGCAUUACUUGUGUGGCUGCUGUGCGGCUUUCAACAAUAUAGCCAUCACAUUUCCCAUUCAGAAGGUCCUCUUUCGGCAACAGCUGUAUGGAAUCAAAACCCGGGAUGCAGUACUUCAGUUGAGGAGGGAUGGAUUUCGAAACUUGUAUCGCGGAAUCCUUCCCCCUUUAAUGCAGAAGACGACUACACUGGCACUUAUGUUUGGUCUGUAUGAAGAUUUAUCUUGCCUUCUCCGUAAGCAUAUCAGUACCCCAGAGUUUGCAACCUGUAGCCUGGCCGCAGUACUUGCAGGAACGACAGAAGCAAUUUUCACUCCAUUGGAAAGAGUUCAAACAUUGCUUCAAGACCACAAGCAUCAUGACAAAUUUACAAACACUUAUCAGGCUUUCAAAGCAUUGAAAUGCCAUGGAAUUAGAGAGUAUUAUCGAGGCUUGGUGCCUGUUCUUUUCCGUAAUGGAUUCAGCAAUGUCCUUUUUUUUGGCCUUCGAGGUCCCAUCAAGGAGCACCUGCCCACGGCAACAACCCACAGUGCUCAUUUGGUCAAUGAUUUUAUCUGCGGGGGCCUGUUGGGUGCCAUGUUGGGAAUCUUGUUUUUUCCAGUUAAUGUUGUAAAAACUCGCAUGCAAUCUCAGAUUGGUGGGGAAUUUCAGUCUUUCCCUAAGGUUUUCCAAAAAAUCUGGCUAGAACGGGACAGGAAACUGACAAAUCUUUUCAGAGGUGCCCAUCUGAAUUACCAUCGGUCCCUCAUCUCUUGGGGCAUAAUUAAUGCGACUUACGAGUUCUUGUUAAAGAUUAUAUGAAAGAAAUCAGUUAAGUGCCAUUAAUCAACUGAAUAGACCUAAGAAGAAUGCAGUUUGGCCUUGUUUCUAAUUGGCCAAAUACAAGUUGGUGUUAUAAGUCCAGGGCACAAUGAAUUACGGGCAAAGCUGUUUUUCUUAAGCACCAACAAAUGCAGAAUAAAAGGUCUCAGUAGGAAAAUUUAAGGUUUUUGGGAGUUUUUUUGGGGGAGGGUGUUCUGUUUGUAUUUUUUUUAAUCAUUAUCUGAGAACUUUAGGCUAAUUGCCUGGUUAAUAGCUGCCUAUCUGAUGGCUUUUGACAAGGAAACUAACAGCCAAGAUACAUGAUUCUUUUUUCCAAAAGUCUUCUGUAUUGAAGCAUAAGUGGCCAUGACCAGCCAGAGAAAAGGCUCUUAGGGUCCCAUGAUUUCUCAGGCUUACUUCUAUUACUCCAUUUCUUCUCUGCUUUUAGGAGGAGUUACAAAGGGUAGUUUUUGUUAACUUAAACAUAUACAUGGUAGGACAAAGGAGCAAAAGAGAGAAGAAAAGCAGCUUAUUAUGUGUAGGUUUUUCAUGAUAAAUUGUAUUCGUUUUGAAAGUAAGCACCUGUUGGGAUGGUCAUUAUCCAGAUUAAUUCUCUUUAGAUGUGGUAGACUAAAGCAACUAAUGACAUCUCCCAUUUUUCUUUCUAGGGUAGAAAGUUUUCUCUGUAUUUCUCAGUAUGACCUUAAACCUUCCCAAAAUAUUUUUAUAUUAAUUUCACUAUUUCGUUGUCAAAAAAUGUGG